AUGACCAAAGAAGCGACCAGGGCGUUUCGAUCACACCUGCCUAGACAUUCGUAUGCUCGUGCGUUGGCGAAUCGUAUCGUUCGACCGAUCGAUAGGCGUAAUCACGUGAUAGAGCGCAAUGCGCUGAUCGCAGGCAUAUGGGCCAUGGACAAGUGCGAUCAGGCUGGAACCAAUUCUGGACGUAUGGUUCAGACGCUGUGA